CCAUCUUGGUGCUCGGCGGCAGGGAGGCGACCGGAGGAUGGAGCCCGGCGGGGCCCGCCGCGAGAAGGCGCCGCCGCCGCCUCCCAAGGCCAAGGAGCAGCCCGGCAGCCGCGGCGAGAAGGCCAAGCAGCGCGCGGCCCAGCAGGAGCUCAAGCAGCGGCAGCGCGCCGAGAUCUACGCCCUCAACAGAGUGAUGACGGAGCUGGAGCAGCAGCAGUUUGAGGCCUUCUGCAAACAGAUGCAGGCGACUGGCGAGUGAGGGCAUGAGGAGCACCCUGCAGCCAUUCCACCUGCACGCCCAUCCUGGGAGGACAGAGCCCCACGCUCUGUGGGCCACAUUCUGCCAUCUGAUGGAACUGGACCACGGAGAGGCAGUGAGCUGGAGGUGCUUCCCCAGCCAGCCCCCAACUCUUUGCUUUUCUCGUAGGUCCUUGGUCUCGCCUCCUUUUGCGACAUUGGUUUUUAACUCUAUUUAUUACUGUGGUUUGAGAAGAAAACUUUCAAAGAAAUAAAGCUGUUUUCUGCA